AUCACUCUGGAACUCCAAUUAUUUUCUAUACAUAAUACAAAUUUUGUUGACAAGAAAUCCCGUAGCAACGCACCGGGUAUCUUUCUGGUAUAAACUAUCUUUGUCGUCCCGUAGAACGUCGUCGUGGGACUAAUUGAAGCAGAGUAUAGUAUUUGGGCUCAAAGACCUCCGUCAGAAACAGAAGCUAGAGUCUCAGAGCAGAAAUGGGUGAUCUAUACGCUUUGGAUUUCGAUGGAGUCAUCUGUGAUAGCUGCGGAGAGAGCUCUCUCUCUGCCAUGAAGGCAGCUAAAGUCAGAUGGCCGGCUCUGUUCAACGGUGUGGAUUCAACUUUGGAGAAUUGGGUUCUUGAUCAAAUGCGCAUUGUGAGGCCUGUGGUGGAAACUGGGUACGAGAAUCUUCUACUUGUGAGGUUGCUUCUGGAGAUGAGGGUUCCUUCUAUAAGGAAGUCAUCAGUUGGUGAAGGGCUCACAGUGGAGGGGAUAUUGGAGAAGUGGUCAGACUUGAAGCCUGUGAUUAUGGAGGAAUGGGGUGAGGACAGGGAUGGGCUUAUAGAUUUGUUUGCGAAGGUCAGGGAUGAGUGGAUGGACCAUGACUUGAAAACUUGGAUUGGUGCAAAUAGAUUAUAUCCGGGUGUUCCUGAUGCUCUAAAAUUCACAAGCUCUACCAUAUACGUUGUCACUACGAAACAGAGCCGAUUUGCUGAUGCUUUAUUGCGAGAACUAGCAGGAGUUACAAUACCGCCUGAAAGAAUUUUUGGUCUAGGAUCUGGUCCAAAGGUAGAAGUUUUGAAGCAACUUCAGAAGAAACAUCAGGGGCUUAAACUUCACUUUUUGGAAGAUAGACUGGCAACCCUGAAGAAUGUCAUCGGAGAACCCGAAUUAAAUGGUUGGAAUCUCUAUCUAGGGGAUUGGGGGUACAAUACACAAAAAGAGAGGGAAGAAGCUGCUAGUAUUUCCAGGAUUCAGAUUCUUCAGCUUUCUGACUUCAGUAAAAAGCUCAAAUAACUUUAGCAGAAGAAGCUGAAAUAGCUUCUGUCCAUACCGAUAUUAUUCCACACUUGUGAAUUAGUACUAUGUAAACUGCAAAGAACAUUAUAUUUGUGCUAUAGAAUGUUAUAGUUAAUUUCUUGCACCAUAUGUGCCAGUGUAUAACAGGUAAACUAAACUUGGUGAAGCCUUUGACACCAAACCACCUUGCUUUAUAGUAGUUGAAAACUUGAAAUAAUGAUCAAUGUUGCUCACCAGGUGUAUCUCCAACCGAUUGAGUGAAGACCAGCCCUACUGCUAUGGUCUAGGUUUCUAGGAUCGGUAGAUUAGUGUCAAAGAUUAGGAUAGGAUAUAUUAUGUGACAACAUUGUGAUCCUGUGAAUUUGAACUGUGUCUUUGUGAGCUACUAGUGGUAUUCUUUUCUGUAAUAAUUCAUGGAUCUGGUUGUAGCUUUAACAAUGUCAUUGGCAUUAUACUAUUUAUCUUGUU